AUAGAUCUGCGUUGCCUAUCUUUGCAGCAGCCCGCUGCAUGCAUAUGGCUGCAACACCGAGGAUGAACCUGCCACAGUUUGAACACUCAUCAUCUUUCUCCACGACAGAGCUUCGUCCAUCGUCCGAGCAACAUCAACCGAAAUAUGGACGAGAAAGUUAUCCCACCCUCUCCGACCAAGGACACAGCCAGUGGCACGUUUGAAAAUUCCAUCGACCAUGUUGCCGAGAAGAAGGUCGUUCGCAAGAUGGACCUUAAUUUGAUCAGCAUCUUCGGGCUGCUAUAUCUCUUGUCCUUUUUGGAUCGCUCGAACAUUGGCAAUGCGAAUUUGACUGGUUUCAGCACCGACCUUCAUUUGGUGAACAACCAAUAUGGUGCUGCGGUAUCGGUCGUGUAUGCGACCUACGUUGUGUUUGAGCCAGUAUACAAUAUCCUAUUGAAGAUUGCGACGCCGAAGUUAUUGAUGACUUGCUCUUGCAUCGCCUGGUCCGCGCUUACAGUUGGCACCGCAUUUGUCAAGAAUUUCAGCCAGCUUAUCGGUGUUCGAGUCUUGCUUGGUGCGGCAGAGGCGGCGAUCAUCCCUUGCAUACUGCUGUACAUCACUAUGGCAUAUAAUCGUGAUGAGUAUGCCGUCCGGCAGACCUAUGUGUUCACCUUCUCAGCGAUCUCUGGAGCCUUUGGCGGUCUACUUGCCUUCGGUCUGACGCGAUUGCGUACGGCGGGUCUGCAUGGCUGGCAGUGGAUGUACAUUGUCGAAGGUAUAAUAUCUUUCUGUCUAGCGCCAGUCGUCUUCAUCUGGCUACCCAACUCUGUUAGCGAAGCGCGUUGGCUCAAUCAGUCGGAGAAGGCAUUGUUGGCCCUCCGCCUCGAGCGCAACAAGGGUGUCUAUGAUGCUGAGGAGCGCUUCCGGUGGAGCGAGAUCGUCCGCUGUCUCAAAGAUCCCAAGCUCUAUGUGCAGGCUAUCUCACACUUUGGGAUCGACACCACACUCUAUGCUGUGACAACCUUUAUGCCCAAGAUUAUUGCUGGACUGGGGUUCACUUCCACCAUCAACGCACAGCUUCUAACGGUGCCGGUUUACGCUGCUGCAGCAAUCUCUUACUUGAUCAUUGGCUACAUCUCCGACAAGGUGAAGCUCCGGUCACCAUUCUUGAUUGGCGUGCUUAUAUCAUGUUUGAUCGGCUACAUCAUCCUAGCGGUCCCCUCGACCAGUGUCGGCGCCCGCUAUUUUGCUGUCUUCAUGGUCGCCAUUGGUCUUUACGCCAGUACAUCGCUUAAUCUGGUAUGGGCAAGCUGCAACCACUCUGGGUACUUCAAGAGAGCUUUCGCCACUGGGAUGAUACAAUUGGUGGGGAACAGCGCUGGUGCCGCGAUUGGCUUCAUCUUCAAGGCCCAGACCGCUCCGAGGUACUUUGAAGGUAUGCAUUUCGCGAUUGGGAUGACGAUCAUGUCAAUAUGCUUGAUUGGUGUAAACCUUUGCAUUGUGAUCGCUGGUAAUAAGCGGAAACGGAGAGAAAUUGCUGAAGGUGCCGUGGAUGAGCCGGCGCUCAUGGAUCAGAACCCACAUUUCUUGUACUACCUCUGAGCCGAUAAUCAUAACGACUUGGUCAUCAGCACAUCAGGUAGAUGGGAAGUCAGUGGUUCCGACUGCUGAGCACAGGUGGUAGCACCGUUAGUAUAUUAUUGAACCAAGGUGCUAUGCGAGGUUCGU